ACUAAGUUCCAUUUUGCACUAUUGCGCAUGCGCACAAACUGUUUUACGGAGAACAACGGACUGCCGGAUCUAUAGCCCCGCAGUAGGCGUCCGGCUGCCGGACCAAUAUCCACUUCCAAUUCCUAAAGGGCGAGGUGAGACUACAAAUUCCCAUAAAUUAGAAAUCUCCAAACUCCAGGACACUGUUCUAUAAAUACAGGCAUAUGUGCCCUCUUUCUACUAUCUCUGCUGCAACUCUUUUUACCAAUCUCUGAUCAUCAAUGGCUGAGAGAAAUGAGAGGAAGAAGACUAAAGGAUCAAAAGGGAACGAAGGAGAGGAAUGGACUGAUGGUUCUAAACAAAAAGGAGGAGGAGGGGAAAAAGAUCAGAAGAGAACAAGAUUAGGUGGAGCUGCUCAUUAUGUACACAAGCGAGUAAAAGGACAACCAAAAUCAACACCUAAGAAGAAAGAAGGAAAGAGUGAUUCAUCUAAAUCUUACUAUGGGGCUCCAGCUCCACCUCCUCCUAAUAUGGAAUCCAAAGAAUCUCAACAGCCACAACGAUCAAUAUGGACUCCAACUCCAUGGGAGAAGACCCCACCCAGUGAUGCUAAAUCCACUGAUUCAGUACAACAAAUGGUAUCAGCAUUAGGAACAGUUAUACCAUCAACAGAAGAGACAGAAUCUGAUGAUAUUGUACUAUCAACGUCUGAUGGAGCUACUCCUCCAGGUCCUACUUCAAUGAAAUAUGAUGAUGAUCAUAAUAAUGCUGAUAAAGUUUUUAGGAUGGCUGAAGGAAGUGCUAGCCAGAAGGAGGCCAAUGAUAAAUCAAGUUCUGAUUGGGACUGGCCAACUACUACUUGGUCUACUGAUGCAACAUCAAGAAUUUCAACUUCAAACCAUUCCUGGACAGACACUAGUAAAGUUUCUUUGUCGAGCUCGAAAUUUAAAGCUCUCCCCGACCAAUUCAAACAGCCUACAAGAUCUAGUAGCAUUGCUGCCGGUGGUAAUAAUAGAAGCACAAAAAUUCCGCAAGAAAAUGACAAACUAACUAUUCAACAUUUAGAGGGAAAAAUUGAAUUUCUCCAAAAAAGAUUGGAAGCAGAAGAACACCUUGAUAAGAGAACUAUUUUCAAGGGGCGUAUUAAAGAGUUUCAGGAAAAAUAUGAGAAGUUGAAAGCUGAGGAAGUGACAUUACAGCUAGCUGAAGCAAGUGAAGAUAUUAAUCUUGAGAGACAAAGAGUAGAAAAACUAGAAGAACAAGUUAAUGAAAAUCAAAAAGAAUUAGAAAGAAUCAAGAAAGAAAAAGUAGCUAAAGUCAGUGAACUAGAAGAGAGAGUUCGACAAUAUAAGAAAAGAUUAGAAGAGCAAGAAUUAGCUACUGAUGCAGCACGAAGUGAAGUGGAAUUUCUAAAAAAAGAAGAAGAUAGAUUAAAGAAAGAAAAUAAAGAAUUGAAGAAAGAAUCAAAGAAGACAGCUAUUCAAUCAGCACAACGAAUCGAAGAACAAGAGAAAGAGUUUAUGGAGACAGAGAGAUGGGAAAUUAAAGCACUUACUAGAGACAUUGAGCACUCAAGAGCAGAGCUUAAAAAGCAAGAAGAUGAUUUUAAAUCUCAAUUAAAAGAAAAAGAAGAUGAAAUUUUAAGGGUUUCUAAUCAACGUAAUGAGCAACAGGCAAAGUCUGAAGCUUGUUCAAGUGAAAUAGAGCGACUACAAAGAAAUUAUGAUGCUGACAUGGAGAAGUUGAAGGUAGCAAUCAAGAAACAACAUAAUAUAGAGUCUACUCUAAGAAGUGAAUUGAAGGAGCUACUGAACACUAUUACAAAAAUUGAAACUGAUAAAAGAUUGGAAUUAGAAGAACUCAAGAAAAAGCAUGAUGAAAUUGGAAAAAAACUUGAUGGACAAGAGAAAGUGGUUGAUAAACAGAAACAAGAUAUUGAGACUUUGCAAGUUACUAAUAAAAAGCUCACUGAAGAUGGAAUAAAUAAAGAAAGUGAAGUACAAGACACCAGGGAUCAGUUACAGAAAGUGGAGGAUAAGCUUGCCAAAAAUAUGGAAGAGAAAGAUGAAGUGAUAGCUAGUCUACAACAAGUGGUUGAAAUAAGAAGUGAAACAGUGUCUCAGAUGAAGCAAGCACUUGAUCAACAAAUGAUGAGGGCUAACAAACAAUUGGAAGCUAAACAAAAGCAGAUUGACGAACUAGUUGAGAAAUUACAAGUGGAAAAAGCAAUGAGUGCGAUAUACAAGCAUGACUUUGAAACUGAAAGAAAUGACCAGCAGAAGUUACAUCAAUCAUUUAUUGAUUUGCAAGCUCACUGUGAGUAUUUGAAACAGAAAUUAACUGAAGAAGAGAGGUUUAUCAAUGCACAAGGAAAGUAUCAUGAAUUGCAAAAACAUGAACAUUACAAACUCAUUGCACCUAUGACAGAUGAAGUAGAAAAAACAAAAGGAGAAUUAAUGAAAGCAAAAGAACAACUUUCUAGCUUAACUAAGGAAAAGAAAAGACUGGAAAAAAGAAUCAAAGAAUUGGAACAAGGAGAGACAGAGAGAGUGAUAGAAAUAGAGGAAGAGAUGCAGGCUCUAAUGACACAAGUCAAUGCUUACAGUCGGGAGGUGGAUAAACAGAAAGGAUUAGUGGCCCAGAGUCAAGAGAAACACAAAACUGAGAUUCAAGAACUACUGUCUACUCAAAAACAAGCUGAAGAAUUAAAGGAGAAGCUUGAUGGUGAAAUAAAGGCAAAGGAACAACUGGCUAUUGAGAUACAAGAGAAAUCAAGACAGCAAGUACAGCAAUUACAACAAAUGAUUCAGGAAAAGCUUGAAAAUGAAAUAAAAUUAAAGCACCAACUGGAUAAUGAACUGGUUAGGAUGAGACAAGAGUCAGAUAGUUUAUCUGCUGAUAAAGAAGAAGUAAUAUAUUCCCAGCGACAACUAGUUAGUGAGCUGGCAGGGUUGAGACAACAGUUAGCCAAUGUAUCUGCUGAUAAAGAACAAGCAAUAUAUUCCCAGCAACAACUAGCUAGUGAACUGGCUGGGUUGAGACACCAGUUUGAUGCUGUAUCAGUUAAUUAUGAUCAAUUACAGACAACAUACCAUGAGAAACGAGCAGAGGUCGCUAGACUAGAGGAUCAGGGAAAA